CAUUGUUUAACACAUGCGGUUUUGGAUGCAGAUUCGAAAUCUGUCCUCAAAACCAUGGACACCGGCGAGGAACUCAAAGCCUGGCUGACAGACAAGGAAAAGACAUUUGCACAGCGCGUGGAUUUUGCUCUUAAGGUUUGGCAAUCCGUGGAUUUUUCGUAUCCCAGCAAAUACGAAAUCAUUGUAAAAUGGUUGGCCAAGUCAUUAAAGGGAAGGCAAAAUGUGCCAGUCGAACAAUUGCAACAGUUGUACGAAUUGCGCUCGCAGCCGGGCCUGGUCAGCGUGGACAGCAAAUGUCAACUUAUGGAGGUCAUAAUCAAGAAGAUGUCUCUCCAAUUAAGUGAUGGUCAAAUCACAUUGAUUGACUUGAAGCUAAUCGAAGGACUUAUCAAUUCGGACCUCAACCAGGAUGCUUUGCGAGCCAAUAGUCAAGUGCUGAUGAUGGCAUAUGGCAUACUCUUUCAAUGCUAUCAAAAAUAUGCAUUGGAUCUGAAACCACAACAAACCGGUCAUGAACACCACGGGGAAUACAUAGUGGGGCAUCUGAAACAGCUUAGAGAAUACGCCCAGCGUGCGCAGAGGCAAAAUAAUCACCACUUAGCCUAUGAUCAAUGGGUAAUCAAGCCACUUGUUGAAUUGUUGCUACACCUUAAGCUCCAGCUAACCUUUUUCGAGGAUCUGUCCGCUGUGGAAAAACAGUAUACUGAACCUUUGGAAGAAAAAGAACAAAUCGAACGUCUUGGACAGCAGGACAUACCCCUACAUGUCCGUCUUUAUUGCCUAGAAGCAGCCAUUUACAAUCAUCGCUACGAAUUUCCCGUAUUGUCGGAAAUACUUAACUUUGCACUGGCCACCAAAGGAAUAGACAGGCCAGAUGAGUCUCUGGCCUUGGCAGCCCAAGCCCUUGAUUCGCUUCGUCGUCAUGACAUUUCAAUAGACUUUAAGCAAAAGAAAACUACGGCAUUCAAUUUUAUAGCCGCACAAUUGCUGCAGUUCGUCCGCCUCUACAAAGAGAGCCAUCUUAAGCAGGUAAUAAGACUUGUUUGCUCGGCCCUUCAGUUCAAUCCCUUGCUGGUUGAGGAUAAUGUGUAUCAAAUAACUAUAUGGCUAAUGACCACCAUUAAACAAGGCCCAGAGGAGGAACAAUUGUAUUCUGAGUAUCUAGUUCAGCUGAUGAACAUAAUCCGACGUCUUAGUCGAGCGGAACGCUUCAUUAUGCAGUUACUAAAAACGCUUAAGGAAUGGCUUGGCAAAUACCCACUUCCCGUAGCAGUGGGAACUGAGAGUAAUCCAAAAAAGAGGAAACUUGACUUGGAUAACUCCGCCAUCACGACGACAAGCAGUGACAGCAGUGCAUUUCUAAAACUAAUCUUUGAGAAAUCUGUACCAUCAUAUAUUCAAACCCGCCAUGAUCCAUUCCAGCAGUUGAAUCAAACGUGGCCCAGUCAUUCGGCUGGAGCAGCUUUUACCAAAUUGAUAAGUCAACUGAUGACCAAACCUUCACUUGUCAUUUGGAAGACUCUGCUUCAUUCCUUUAGUGAACUGUUAGCCGACAAUUCAGAUUCUUUGGUUUUGCCCGAGAAUUUGGACUUUGCACGGGAACUGCAUGCAGCCCUCUUGUCGCAGUAUUUGCUAGGCACACGCCUAGCUGAGCAAGUGCAUCACCAUCAGUUGGAAAUCGAACAGCAACUUGAUCACACUGGCGAAGUAUUGAAACAAUUUGGCCUCUGUCUAUUGGCACAGGAGCAUAACCGCCGCCAGAUGAACGCCUUUCUAGAGUGCACUGAGCGGGCUAGUGCACUGGAAUUGCUCGUGACCCACUAUUGGCCAGAUGGCCAUAAACUUACUGAACGUCCAAUGAAUUUACAUAGCUUCCUGUCGCACGCCGAGUGGACACUGAUCCAGCAGAGGGUCCACAAUUUUGGUAAGAGCUCAUGCCGUCAACGCCUUCAGCGUCUCGAACUCCAAAUGGCAGAGAGCAAAUGGUUGCAAGGGUCCAGCUCUGAUGCUUGUUCAGAUGACCUGGCCCAGUUGGUCAGACCCCAACAGCUCAAGAGACUUUCGCUCCAGCAAAAGCAAUUACGUAUACCCAUGGAUGACGAAGAGUAUGUGGCAGAUUCCGAAUGCCUAGAGCUUCAUUGUAUACAUCUAAUUCAGAAGUUUGUAGCCGAGGCAAAGGAAUCAAAAAAGUCGAAAGGAUCAUUGCUGAUCAAAUUGAAAUUGGACGAGGGAGAGACCUCCUGGUCGACUGCAAUUAGGGAGCAGCAUAAGAAGGAGUUUCAACUGCCAUCUGCCUUGGAACUAGUAGCCACACUGCAAAAGUUGCCGCUCAACCAACUGGGCACAACUCUAAAGUUCCGCAUUUGGUUAAUACUUUUUGCGCUUCACUGUGAUCUUUCUGCAGAUAGUGAAAAUCAAACAGAAGUUGCUAAUCAAGUCCUAGAGCAACUAAUUGAUAUGAUGCAUUUUGGUCAACCGUUGCCUAUUUGCACUCACCUUCCAUUAAUCAGCGAAAUGCUGAAUAUGGUCACCACAUCCACGGCGAUUGGCUGGAAAUUCUACGAGUCACUAUUUGCCCGCUGCAUACGUCGUCAGGCUCCUGGUAGCGAGAACUUUUUAAUAAGCUGUAUUGAGUACCUGCAGGAGCAAAUGUCAGCUAGUGGUAAAAAAUUACCGACGGAGCAAUGCCGUUUGCUUUUACUGGCCAUCGAGACACUGUCGGGGGCAACUGGAGCCCAAGGACGUCGAUUACAGCAACGUCAAUUGCAGCCGCUAUUAGAGAUUUAUGGCCAACUGGUGAAUCACAAAUUUCGAUCCACGCGUAAAGAUGCCUUAGCAUAUAAAGAGUUUGUGGACUUAACCUUGGGGGGAUAUGCGACCUAUGUGACUAGCUGCAUUAACCGCAAACCAGAGACAGAGCCGAAGGACGACGAGAUUAUCGAUGACAAUUUUCGUCGCAUUUGCAAAAUUUACAUUGGCCAUUCGGUAAACUAUCGUAAUGCCCAUGCCAUACGUCUGCUUAAUGUGGCCCUAAGCCAUCGACAGCGACUUCAUCUCGAUUCGGAUGAGAUUGAGUUCGUAUUGAGCAGCUACUGGCGACAACUCAAUGACGAUAUUAACUCAAUGCAGUAUGUCAAGGAAGAGAUCAUACAAAAUUUAGAGCCAGCAAUUAAGCUUAUCAUUGGCUACAAAACCAACGAAGACUUCUUUUUACUCCUAAAACAUCUCUCCAGUCAGAUGAAUGAAAACAAGCUGACGACAGCAACAACGAAUCUUUCCAAUGUCCUAACAUUAAUGGGUCUCUUUGCCAAGUGCUCGCUGAGCAACAUCAAAGGAGCGAUGCUAAACGAACAUUUUGAACUGAUAUGUGUGAGUGCAUCUCUUCGUUUGCCAGUGCCUUCGCAUGAUUCAUAUGCCCGCCAAAUGUUACUUCUUUUGGAGGCCCAGCGCUCUUUAGCCAGCAACCGAACUGUUCCUCUAACUGGCGAAACCCUUGAUUGCCUCUUGGGCACCAUGUUGGAUGUAAAUAUUAAACGUUAUCUCAACGCUGGGGGCAACUGGCCAGAUUUUGUACAACUAUUCGCAUCCAUGACGGAUAAUUUAAUGGUUCUAUUACGCCAGCACAAUGCGUUAAUGUCAGACCGCGCUGCCCAAAUGACAGCACUGUGUCAGGAUCUGGUUCAGGCUAUUGUCUGUUAUCGGUGCGAACGCAAACAAGCUCACGACCUUAGUGAAACGGAAUUGGAUGGCCUGGGGGAGUUGGGCUUAAAACUGGCCACGGUGAUGGCCACGAUGGCCACUAGUCAAGCCUUGGCUGUGAAACGUGUGGCGCCAUUCCUCUUGAUUUUCACCAUUAAACAGAUGGUUGCUACCGAAAGACCGACCACUCUAUUUGAAAAGGUCAAAGUGCACGUUGUAAGAGUUUGCCAUGAGUUGAUUGGCCUCUGUGAUCAUCGUUCGGGACACUUUAUCCUCCGUGCUAGCAGUGAAGCUGGUGCUCGGAUGUACGAAAGUCUUGUAAAGGACCAUCAGAAAUAUCACAAAUUCCGUGGCAAAGUGUAAACACAGUUUUUAGUUCUUUUUAUGUUUAUAAAUAUAUUACUUGCUUCUUGUUUAGGAAAAAAAUAAAAAUAAAUAUUAUUGCCUUAUACUUAUGAAUUUGUACUUUUGCGCUAUGCGGCCUUCUUUUUAUUUAACGGCAAAACAUUUGGCAACGCUCGCACAGUGGAUCAUCCGCUUCCUCUUGUGGUCGACUGCCA